UAUCGAGUACUUGCGUCUUGUGCUGAUUGUAAACAUGUCAGACGCGGCGGGCCCCACUUACGCUAGUUUGACACCCGCUAACCCGACCAUAAUCAACGGGUUGGCUGGUGUCGACUUGCAGACGGGUCAACAGCUCACCACACACCAAGGCGUCAUGAAUCACAGCGACCCGACGGUGGUGAACUCGGUGAAUGUGGUGAACACAGUCGGGGUAGCAGGGACUGGCGCCGUUCAAACUGUGGCAUCACCAAUUAUGGCUACGGUUAUUCCUCCAAAUUCAGGGAGUCCAGCUCAGGCGAAUGGUAAUGCGACAGCGACAGCGGGAGAAUCUUCGGUUUCCUUAGAUAGAAAUUCUCUCGUCGCGGUCUUAAACUUUUUGAAGAAAAAUCAGUUCAAGGCAACAGAAGAUUUGCUAAGACAGGAAACCAAUUUUUAUGACACUGUAUCUGACAGUGAAGGUGGCAUUGGUGGUGAUUCAGAGGUCACAAGUGUCUUGUCUGCUUAUAAGAGUGAGGGAGACCCAGCUGAAUAUGAGGAUGCUUACAAAAGUCUACAAAACUUUAUUGAGAAGAGUCUGGAUGCAUACAAGCACGAAGUGGCUUUGGUGCUGUUCCCAGUAUUCGUCCACAUGUACCUAGAAUUAGUAUACAAUGGUCAUGAGGAAGUUGCAAAAUCAUUCAUGGAGAAAUUUGGCAACACUCAGGAAGAUUACUUUGAGGAAGAUAUGCACAAACUCUCUCUUGUUACAUCGAGGGAUCACAUGACAGGAUACCAAAUCAUGGAUAACUUUCGAUCAAACCAGUUUACAGUGAGAAUGUCAAGAGAUACCUAUGCUCACUUGAAGCGGUACCUAACAGAGCGUGGAGGAGGACCUGUUGCAAGAAUCAUACAUGACAGACUGUACCUAGAUGUUUAUGAAGGAGUUCCUCGGACAAGAGCACAGGUUGGAGCAACAGCAGGAGCUCAGGAAGGAGAAGCACCUAAACAGGUCAACAAGACCAAAAUCUAUUAUGGACUUCUGAAAGAGCCAGAGCUGCCAAACUUAGCAAUGGAGGAAGAAGAAGGUGAAGAAGAAGGAGAUAAGCCAAAAAAAAAGAAGCCAAAGAAAGAUGCCCUUCAGAAGAGCAAAAAAAAUGAUCCAAAUGCACCACCUACCUACAGAAUACCCUUGCCAGAACUGCGGGAUAUUGAUCGAAUCGAAAAAGCCAAAGCAUUCAGAGAUACAGUAAAGAGAGUCACACUAAACAGAGAGACUCUACCUUCUAUAUGCUUCUAUACAUUUUUGAAUGCUACAGGAAACAUAACAGGAGUUGAUAUAUCAGAUGAUUCAAGUUUGCUAGCAUAUGGUACAGCUGAUUCUCAAGUUCGUGUACAAAGCAUCACACCAAGCAAAUUAAGAUGUAUGAAGUCUGCAGAACAAUUGAACGACAUUGACAAAGAUGCUGAUGAUGUCUUGGUACGUAUGAUGGAUGAAAGAACUGCAGAUUAUGUCCGCACUCUUCUUGGGCAUUCGGGCCCAGUUUAUGCCUGCUCCUUUAGUCCAGACCGCAACCUCUUGCUGACAGCAGGAGAGGAUGGUACUAUUCGCUUAUGGAGCUUGCAGACUUGGACCUGUCUUGUUGUGUACAAAGGCCAUGUUUUUGCUGUAUGGGAUGUGAGAUUUUCUCCGUAUGGAUACUACUUUGCAUCAGGUGGUCAUGAUCGGACUGGCCGUUUAUGGGCAACAGACCAUCAUCAGCCAUUAAGAAUUUUUGCAGGGCAUUUUUCAGAUGUUGAUGUUGUUCAGUUCCACCCAAACAGCAAUUAUGUUGCUUCUGGUUCUAGCGAUCGCAGCAUCAGACUAUGGGAUGUCCUCAAUGGAAAUUGUGUUCGUGUUCUAACAGGCCACAAGGAUGUUAUUGAUGCAUUAGCAUUUUCACCAUGUGGGAGGUUUCUGGCUUCUGGUGGUGGCGACAAGCGUGUUUUAGUAUGGGAUCUGGCAAAUGGGCAUCUUAUUGCUGAAAUGUUAUCUCAUACAUCAACAAUCUACACAAUUUCUUUCUCAAGAGAUUGUAAUAUGCUUGCUUCAGGUGGACUGGACAACUGCGUAAAGCUGUGGGACUUCACACGUGUUCUAGAAGACAAUCACGAGGAGGAUGUCAGUGUAUCUCACAAUCCUGAAGUUAAACGGAGUGAAUCCUUGCUCUUGGGAACAUUCCCAACGAAAAAUACACCAGUGCUUGCAACACACUUUACCAGAAGAAAUGUUUUGUUGGCUGCUGGACCAUUUGAGGGAUGAAAGAUUUUAUAAUUUAUAGUGUAGAGAUGUGUAUAUUUUUU